AAAAAUUAAAAUUUUUUAUCCUUAGUCAAAUAAAAAGAAUCUCAUUAAACUCAUAACUUAUUUCCUUUUUAUUCCUUCUUUCUCCAUUUUAUAUUUCAUUCACUUCACUUUAUUUUAAUUUAUUUUAAUUUAUUUUAUCUCAUUUUUAUUUUAUAUUAUAUACAUAUCAUUCAUAAUCAUAAUCAUAAUAUUCUCUCUAAUAUCCUACUAAUCAAUACCAACACUAAUGAACCAAAUUGAUGAUUUUGGUUACAGUUUUGCUGAUGCUGAAAAACUGCUUGAACAUCUCAACAAUAACAAUAAUAAUAAUAAUUUAAACAAUCUCAAUAAUAUCAAUACCAUCAACAAUAUCAACAAUAUCACAAACAUCAACAACAUAAACCCAAAUAGCAACUCAUCUUCCACAAACAAAAAUAAUAGUCUAGUCUCAGAAUCUUCCUCUCUUACUCCCUCUGACUUUGACGAUUAUUCCUUGUCUUACAAAUCUUCCAUCUCUUCUGACAAUAUCAAUCAAUGGUCAAACUCUGACAUCCUCAAAAAUAACUACACUACCUCUGCCAACAACAAUCUUCCCAAUCUCAAUCUCAAUAACCUCAAUCUUAACGCCAUCACCUCUCUCAACGCCAUCGACUUUAACUCCCUAAAUAACUUCAACAUCUCCCAAAUGAAUAACAACAACCUACUCAACCCAAAUGAUAAAAACAACAACAUCAUCAACAACAACAACAACAUCAACAUCAACAACAUCAACAACAACAACAAUAACAUCGAGCAAAAUAAAAACCACUUUAACGACUUUUUAAAUCUCGAUUACGAUAUCAACUUAAACGCCCUCUCCAAUGAUUUCGAUUUAAACGCUGCAACUCCUCCUCCAAUGCUCAAUCACAAUAACUUAAUCAACAACACUUCAAACAACAUUAACACUAUCUCAAAUAUUGCUGCUCUCAAUAACAAUAUUCACCACUCUACUGAUAUCAACAUCAAUGAUCUUACGUUUUUCAAUAACAACCACAAUAACAACCUAAAUUCCAACUUAUUCAUGGCUUCUCCUUCUUCUAUCAGCAGCAUCAUAUCUCCCAAAUCAAAUCCUCUGCAAUUUCCAACAAACAUUGAUAUUCCUCCCUCCUCAAAUAUCAUUAAUUUUAACAACAACAAUACCUCUCCCCUAAUGAACAACUUGCCAGUUAAACAAGAAAUCUCUCAACAAUCAAACACUAACAACAUUAUUUCUGACUCUUUAUCAUCUCCUGAAAAUCUAAAUUCCCUCUUGAAUAAUAACCUAUCUUCUUUAAGCAUUCUGAACAAUGAAAAUGAUAAUAAUAAUAACAAUAAUAACAAUAAUAAUAGUGAUGAUAAUAGUAAUAAUAGUAAUAAUAAAAAUAAUAAUAAUAAUAAUAGUGAAAACAGCUCAACUCCAACUUUAAUCAACAACGAUAUUUCUCAGGAAACUUUGAAUAACAAUAACGUUAACGCUGCUAACAACGUUAACAACCUCUCCAAUUCCCCCAGCUCUAUUAGCAGCAUUAAAUCUGACCAAAUCAGAAAUGACAAGUCAAUCAAUUCAGAUCAAAAUAAAUCAGCAACGGGCAAGGUAACUAAACCUAAAAAGGAUAGAUCGUCUCACAAUAUGAUUGAAAAAAAAUACAGAACAAAUAUCAAUGCAAAAAUUAUUGCCUUGAGAGAUGCUGUCCCUGCUUUAAGAGUUACUGCUCUUGGUGCUGACGAAGUAACCUUAGCUGAAUUGGAUGGUUUAACUCCCGCUAAUAAGCUAAACAAAGCAUCCGUCUUAACCAAAGCAACUGAAUAUAUCAAACACUUGGAAAGAAAAAAUAAAAUGCUAACUAAUGAAAAUAUGAACCUAAGACACUUUAUCUCCAAUGGCACUGUAAUACAAACUCUACCGCCAAAUCACUCAACUGUUCAACCUCCUCAUCAACAAAUGUUUUUCCACUCUCAAAACAACAACCAAAUUCCAAUACAACAAAUCCAUAUUCCCUCACCCCCAAUCAUUAUUGCUCAAAGUCAACCAAACCAAACCCAACAAAUCAAUCAAUCAAUCAAUAAUAAUCCAAAUAACCCUAAUAACAACAUGCAAAACACCAUGCAAAAUAACAUUCAAAACAACAUACAAAACAACAUACAAAGUAACAUGCAAAAUAACAGUCCUAUCAUGAGUAACUCUGGUCAAACGACUCCAAAUAGCUAUAUGAUAUCAAAUAACAAUAUUAAUCUAAGUAAUCUUCCAAACAAAUUACUUAUGGGCGGUAUGGCCACUGUUAUUGGUGGAGGAUUGUUUAAUAAUGAUGGCAAUGACUUUAGAGGACUUGGUGCAUUCCCAAUUAUUAAUACCCCUCUUUUUGCUAAAUUUUUUAGCAUGCUUAAAUUUUUUAUGAUUGGUUACUCAUUUUUCAUUAUUCUCUUACCAUAUGUCGAGAAAUUUUUAAAUAACGAUGAUAAAGAUGAAAAAUCUCUAAAGCAAGUCGAAGCUCAAUCCAACUUAUCAGUUGUUGAUUCGAAAGCUUAUAUCCAAGACUUACAUGUUUGGAUCGACGCAUUGAGAGAUUUCAUCACUUGCAACAUUUUAAAAAUUGAACCAAUGGUUGAAGAUGAAGCUGAAAUUUUGAAAUUGCUAAACCAGUUGGAUAACCUUUUCCUUAAUUCCUUAUCAACUCCAUCCACCGAAAACUCAAUUGAAUCAAAUUUAAUUUUGAUUUAUUUCAAAUUAUUAAAUUGUAAUAAAUACAAAAAUUUGAGAGUUUGCUUAUAUCAAAUCCUACUUGGAAAGGUUAUUUUUAUCCAGUAUCCAUUUUUAAGUCAAUUUUUAGGAAUUAAUUUUAAUAUUAAACAAAAUUUAAAAAUCAUUGAAAAGAAAUUUUUAAAUAAAAAGACUACUAAUAAUGAUAUCAAACCAUUGUUAAAGGAAUUACCGUUUUUAGUCAAAUCAAAGACAUUAUUUCAAAGACUAUUUAAUAACUAUCACAAAUUGGAUAUUAAUACCAAUUGCUGUAAUGGAAUUCAUGAUGAUAGCUUUGAAAUUGUUGCUAAAGACAGCAUAAUUAAAAGCGAUCUAAUAUUGUUUGUUAGAGGAAUUCGCGCAAACGAAGUGUUAAGAGAAAUACUCAUAGAGUAUUUAUCUAGCAAAUUUGGAGAAGAACAUGCUGAGUAUGAUAGUGAUGAUGAAAACGAGGAGCCAAUUAAGUUGGAAGAUAUAAUACAACGAGUUGAAUUUAUCGAUGAGUUGGCACCUGAAAAGAGUAUUGUGAGUCUUCGAAUUAAAUUAUUUAAAUCCAGUUUAAAUACAGAUUACACUCAAGAAAUCAUGUCAUUAAUUCAAAAUGAACUCUGUGAAAUGAAGAAUAGUGUUGAAUUAAAUGACAAUAAAGGUUGUUUUAAACAGAUUGGAAAUUUUAGUAAACAUGAAAAAAAUUUGAAGUUUGAAAUGAGAAAUUUUGAUAAUACGAUGACAGAAUCCGAUAUGGAAGAAAUAUUUGAAGAAGAUGAAGAUAUAUAUUUUGAUAAUGAUAAUGAUAAUAAUAAUGAUGAUGAUGAUGAUGACGAUAAUAAUGGAAAUUCUAUUAUAUUGAACAAGUUUUGCAAUGGUUUAAAUAAUUUUAAUUUCAAGAAUAGUGAGAAAAUGAUUUCAUCAGAUAUUUUAAUUUCACUAACAUCAUCAUUGAUAAUAAAAUUUUCUAAAGAGAAACAAAUUGAAGAAGCCAUUGAAUUGAUAAAGUAUUUAUUAGAGCAUAUUUAUAAUUCUAAAAAAGAUGUAAGAAACGGCCAUGAAUAUAAUAAUAAUAAUGAAUAUAAUGAAUAUAAUUUUUCACUACUUUCAUUUGUUUCAAUAGUUAUUGCAUUGGAAAAGAUUUCUGAAGCUCAAGAUAACGAUGAUAGUUUAAGUGCAGCAAAUUAUUUUGCAUUGGAAGAUUUGAUUGGGUCACUUAGAAUGUGCAUUGGAAAUAAUAAUGAUAGAUAUAAUAAUGAUAUCGGAGAAUUACAGUUGUCGAUUAAGACCGAGAUAUGUGAGGAAUUAGUAAACCUAGGAAAAAAAUUCAGUGGUAUAGAUUUGAGUGUUGAAGCCUUUUGAAAUCUAUUAAUAAUAUAAUGUUUUUUUUUUGUUUAAUUAACUUUGUGAUCAUUACAUUAUUUUUUAUUACUUUUUUUAAUCAUUUUUUUUUUUGUUUAUUAUUGUUACUCCUUAUUUUUUUUGAUCUCAAAAUUUAAUUUUUCAAAAGAAUUUGUUAAGAUGUUAC